AUGGACGGCUGGCAGUAUGCCGACGGCUCCACUGUUCCGACCGUCAUCAUGGACCGCAUGCGAAGAGAGGAACCGUCGACUGUUGAGAAGACACAAACGGACCACAUAGUCCCGGACACCGAUCGAGGCUUGCAGGAAAACAGCUUUAGAAGCAUCGAUGAACUGGUGAACUCGAUCGAUCCUACUUUCAUCGCCGAAUCUUGCGAUUUGAACUGUACUCUGUCGACCGAGCAGACUCAACCUCUCCUGGAAGUGGACACUGUCUGUGAGACGUCUACAUCCGGCAUGUUUCCUCUCGAUGGUCCGGCUGCCUUCGCCGAGUCCGAUAAACUGUCGUUUCUGGCCGACAUCGUCAACGCCAAUCCGGAUCGACAUGGCAACUCUGUGCUGUUUGAGCAGGCCUAUGCGAACUUGACCGAGGACCGACUGAAGAGGGCCGAGGCGGAGAUGCAGGAGACAAGGACUACGUCGGACCCCGACAUAUCGCUCUUGCUCCGCGAGCUGUCGAUUUUUGGUCAUGCACAGCCACUCUCCAACGAAUCCCGUCUGCUUAUGCGGAGGAAGAUCCAAGCUCUGGACAUUUGGGCCGGUAUGCCUGCAAUCUGGAUUACCAUCAGUCCCAACGACAUAAAUAAUCCGGUAAAGAUGAAGCUUGCCAUUCAUAGGCUCCAUGAUUAUGAGUCUGCAAAGGAGCUUUUGGCCGAUCUCCGUGAAAGGUACGACAGAAUCGCCCUCAGCACCAUGGAUCCGGUCAGCUCGGCCAUCUUCUUCCACCGAGAAAUAUCUCUAUUCUUUGACAAAUACGUGAACACAGGCCAGGAAUCGAUCUUCGGGAAGAUCAGCCACUACUACGCCACGGUGGAAACGAACGAGCGAGGCAGCCUCCACUUGCAUGGACUCCUCUGGCUGGACGGCAACAUGCGGUUACCGAACCUGAUGGACGACAUGGCCAAUCCCGCGGAAGAAUCGUAUCGUGCCCAGGUGAUCCGAUACAUAGACUCCGUCUUUCAUGAGUGCCUAGAUGAAGAUGCCGGAAAAGCCGUGCGACAAUAG